AUACAAAAAUUUGUGUUUCAUUGUUAAACAUUUGCAUACAAUCAAACGGACCCUAAACGCACUUUGGAAUUUUUAAGUUUGAAACCAGAUGGUCCAGAUCCUUAUAUUGGGGCUUUUGCUCAAUGGACUCCCCUGACCCAGGAGACCUUCACUGUGGGAAACAAAUUAAACAUACGAACGAUUCAGAGUUUCAUAUAGACUAGUAAAUCAAACGAAAGAGAAAGAAAGAAACAAAAAUGGCAGGAAGACUAAGCAAAGUAGCCUCAAACAUACUAGGCGGAAACGGCAUCGUUUCCCGUUCGGUCGGUACUUCUCUCCGUCAACGUGCCGGAAUGGGUCUCCCCGUCGGCAAGCACAUCGUCCCCGACAAGCCACUUCCGGUUAACGAUGAGCUGGUAUGGGAUAACGGCACUCCAUUUCCUGAACCUUGCAUCGAUCGAAUCGCCGAUACUGUCGGAAAGUAUGAAGCAUUAGCUUGGUUGUGUGGAGGAUUGGGAUUCUUUGCUACGAUUGGAUUGGCUGCUGUCUGGAGAGAUAAAGCUUCUAAGUACCCCUUUACACCUAAGGUUUUUCCAUAUGACAACUUGAGGGAAGAGCUCGGCGGAGAGCCAUAAAUGGAUGUGUACCAACAAUUGUAUCACAAAUGUUAUUCAGCUACAUUGCCUGGACAUUCAAAUGCCAUUUCCUUUUGUAUUUCUGGAAUAUUUAAAAUAAUGGCUUAGUUUUCCUUUUAAGUUUUGUUUCAAAAAUUUGAUAUGGGUAUUCUUGGCAACAUUUCUGUUGAUGUGAGACCACCUUUUGUUGUGAUUUGUGAAUGGAUGCUGAUUGGCGUAGUAAUAAUAAAAUUCCAACAUCUUCGGUUUUCCUUU